CCGCGGAGCCCCAAACCACCGGGCUCCAAGGCCCCCACCCUGGAGCCCAAGGCCCCAACCCCAGCUUCUGACCCUGUGGAGGCCAGGAAGGUGAAAGGCCCCCCUCCAGUUCCACCUCGACCGGCUGAAGCGAAUGUGCUGGGCCAAGCUAUUCAAGUGGCAAUGAAUGGAGGUGCGCCCCACCCCCAGAGACCGUCCUCACCCCCGGCCUACCCCCCCUCUCCCCGCCUCGUUCAGCCCAGGAGGGGUUCACGUGCAGAGUCGGAACGCAGAAGGUUCAGAGUCGGUGAUGUCGGGCCACACCAGCAUGAGCAGCACGGUGCCCAUCGCCCGCUUUUCAGAGGAGGAGAAGAGGGUGUCGGUCAUCAAGGCGCCCCACUACGAGGGCAUCGGCCCCGUGGAUGACACGGGCAUCCCCAUCGCCAUUCGCACGACGGUGGAUAGGCCGAAGGACUGGUACAAGACCAUGUUCAAGCAGAUCCACAUGGUUCACAAAGCAGAUGACGACUAUGCCGACGCGCGCAACGCCACAUACACUGUCAUCGGUGACAGCGACACACAUGGUCAGUCCUCCAACCCCACCAUGGCGUACCCUCCCCCCAGGACACAAACGUACCGGCCCCUGGCCAAGAGCCCGUCGGGCAGCGGAAGCCCCGGGACCUUUAGGGAGCCCUCCCCCGUGCCUCCGCCACCCCCGCCCAUGCCCUCCCUCCUCCAGCUGAGGUCCAGAGACAGCGACCGGGAGCGAGACUCGCCCGACACCAUCAGGAAUCAGUGGGGCCCUCCGGAUAGGAAAGUGGACACUAGAAAGUACCGCGCUGAACCCCGGAGUAUCUUUGAGUACGAGCCCGGGAAAUCAUCCGCUCUGGAGCAGGAGAGGCCGACCUAUAAGCUAAACCCAGAUGACAUAGAUUUAGAGAACGAGCCUUGGUAUAAGUUCUUCUCCGAGCUGGAGUUCGGCCGUCCGCCUCCUAAAAAACGGCUGGAUUAUAAUCCAGACAUCUGCUCUGGCCGACUCACCGAGACGUCGCUGUACUUCACUCCCACUGCUGACCGUGUUCCAGAGAGGCCGGCUAGUGCUGCUAGUGACUACAGGAAGAGGAGGAAGUCGGAGCCUUCGGGUGACCAGGGCAAGAACCAGGUCUCCCCAAAACAACUGGACCCUUACAGAGGCAGCAGCACACUGAGGAAACCAGCCACACGCUCCUCCCCCUCCUCCCCCUCCAGAGUCAAAGAGCAGGAUGCCUCCAGGGGGUACAGCACAACCACCAGCGACGGGGGAGGGGGGCAGACCAGACGAGCCACCCCGGACAGAGAGGUCUCCCAUAAGCAGAUGACCCAACUCAUUCUCUUCUCUCUCCUCCAUCAGAAACAGCCUGCCAGAGCAAUAUAUGACUUUAAGGCACAGACUGCUAAAGAGCUGACGUUCAAGAAGGGCGACGCGGUCAACAUCAUCAGGCAGAUCGACAGCAACUGGUACGAGGGGGAGCACCGCGGACGACUGGGCAUCUUCCCCAUCUCCUACAUAGAGAAGAUGCUGUUGCCAGAGAAACAGCAGCAGCCGAUUAGGCCUCCUCCACCAGCACACGUCAAAAAGAUCGGGGAGGGGGUGGCCCGUUACAACUUCAACGCUGACACUAACGUGGAACUGUCGCUCCGCAAGGGUGAGCGAGUAGUCUUGCUGAGACAGGUGGACCAGAACUGGUACGAGGGGAAGAUCCCAGACACCAACAAGCAGGGCAUCUUCCCCGUGGCCUACAUAGACAUCGUCAAACGCUCGCCAUCCAAGAGCCCCGCCCCCUCCCACCACCCAGACCCACACGGCUACCCCAGCAACAGGACACCGGGCUCCACGCCCGCCAAGAGGUUUGUGCAGGAUUCGCUCCAUGGUGGAGGAGACCUGUUCCAGGCCCUGUACAACUAUCUGCCCCGUAACGAGGACGAGCUGGAGCUGAAGGAGGGGGACAUCGUGGACGUCAUGGAGAAGUGCGACGACGGCUGGUUUGUCGGGACUUCCCGACGGAGCAAGCAGUUUGGAACCUUUCCAGGAAACUACGUCAAGAAACUGUAAUGAUGAAUCCGGUCCACCCCCGCACCCUCCUUACUUGGACCCUUCCAUCUCUAGCACAACCCAUAUUGGACACAGCAAACCCGGAGUAAAGUUGCCCCCAGACACUGAUUUGGGUCACUUUCCCCACAAAUGGUUAAUUAAGGUUAAGAUUGGGGGAGGUGGAGCUGACCCUAGGAUGACCCCACUACGUCAGGUCAUCCAAGAAGCCUUGCUCAAGCAUGUGCGACAACGUCACAAAAAAAUAUUUAGUUUUAGCUCUAACUAGCCAACUCUAAAGGAGACUAUUCUACUAAUUAAACAAUUAUUUUCUAAAUGAUCGAGAAGCGGUAGAAGAAGAUCCAUACUUUUGAAUUCCUUUCACCUCAGAUACUGAAGGAAGGGUAGCCAAACAAGAUGGCCACCUUUAAAUGUUGACAUCUGCUUUAAUUUGAUUUAUUAGAUAUAUUUUAACCCAGUAAUGUAAUAACUUGCAUUGAUAAGUUGAUUGUGUAACAUUCAGAAAGGUCAAAUAUGGUAAAGAUAGAGUUAGAGAUGCCAAGUAUAAACUGCCACUCAGGAUUGCCUUGACGUCAUCAUGUCAGCCAUCUUGGUUUUGGACAUGUUUUUUCCCCCUUUUUCCUCAGUGUUAAAUCAAUAGAGAACCCCCCCUUAAGUGUAGUAUCUGUAAUAGGGGGGCUGGUUGGUAUUUUCAGAGCAGUAUAGGACAUUUCAACGUUUAAUCCUUUGGCAAAUGCUCUUAUCCACAGCAGCGUUCAAUAAGCAACAUGAAACAACCACAGCGUUAUUAGUCAAAAAUCUUCUUCAGAAAUGUUAUACACCAACACAAGAACACUCACCUAUUUCCCCUAGUGAAAAUGAUGACGCAUGAUACCCCAAAGUGUUGCUGGAUACCACGGGAUAGGGUAAGAUAUGUUUGGAGGCAAAUAUAUUGAUAUUGAAAGCAUAUAAAUACAUUUGCAGAGCCUUCUAUUUGCACCGGAAGGCUCUGGAUAUCUGCCCUCUUAUGGGCCUACAGUCAAUUCCAGUUUCUCAUUUUAUAGUGUUUGCAAACUCUUAUAUGGGCGAGUUAUUUCAAAUGUGGAAGUGGCAAUCGUCGAUAUUCUAUUUUUUAGCCAUUCUGUUUGAACAAUUACAGUACAUUUUGUACUUUAGAUGGGAAAUAAUAUUUAUAGAUUUGGGAUUUUAUUGAUCGAUGGAUUUGGCGGUUUAUCCUUUUUCUCACUUGAAAUGUAUGAGUACACUACGGAUUUUACAAGUGAGAGCUAGAUUGA